CAACAGAAAUAGGUUGGAGGUUCCCUGGUGGGCCACGUGCAAGAGGGAUGACAGAGGUGCAAGGCUGGUGUAUUUUGGAACUGCUCUUUCCGACUGUAUUCCUGUCUCAGAGAAGGGUGAACGGGCAGAGACAGACCCUGGUUUCUGGCACAGAAAGCUUUUGGAAGAUGGCUGAUGAUUCUAAUGAAAAUCCAGUGGAGGAACCAGCAGAAGGCAAUAUAGAAGGAAAUGAAGCUUCAGAAAAAACUCCACAAGAUGAACAAGGUACUCAGGAAACUGAAAUACCCAAGCAGGUCACUGAAAUGCCAGCUGACAUGCUAGCGGGUGAGGCAGAAUCCACAGACAAUAUGGAAAUGGAGCCCCAGCUCCCAGCAGACAAGUUAUCAGUGGAUGUUGCCACUCCUGAGAGACAAGAGAACGAACUGAGUCUCACAGUAAGUUCACAUGAAACUGUGACUGAUCUCACUGAAGGUCCAUCAGAGGCAAGAGAAGAAACUUCAGUAGUAUCAGAAAUAUUAGAAGAUAUUGGACAAGAUGAACAGCAAGUGCCCACAGAGCCGCAAUGGGAGAGCAAAGCUCCUGCUAGACUAUCAAGCUCCACAAAUCUCAAACAAGGAAUGCAGCAAAUAGGCCAAGAAGCACAAGAAAGUGACCGGAAAAAUCUGAGGGACAAAGACGAAGAGAACUCAGCAGAUCAGGAAAUCCUGAGCAUAGAAGCAGGUGCUGAAAUGAGCUGUGAAGAAACAGAAUCCCUAGAAGCACCCAUCACUGCCAGCUCUACUCUUGCCGAGGAGUCGUCGCUUGUGUUCUCAGCCACCCCUGGUUUGUUGUUCGAAGAGAACGAGCACAUCAAAACACAUCCAAUUAGUUUGUCUUGGGCAUUUGGUUACAAUAGCAGCCUCCCUGUUUACAGCCUGCUUGAUGAAGAACAAAGGGUGAUUCUAUAUGUUUCCUCUCACUCUGCUGUGAUCCACGAUGUACACGGAAACAGGCAAUAUCAUCUACAGGGUCACUCUAAUUCUAUUUCUUGUCUGUGUAUAAGCGAAGAUAGACGAUGGGUUGCAACAGCUGAUCAAGGACCUGAUAAUCUAAUCAUUGUGUGGGAUGCCUUCUCAGGCAUUCCUGUGCAUACAAUAUUUGGUAGUCAUCCAGAGGAUGGUGUUGGUGCUAUUGCUAUUUCCCAAGAUGCUAAAUAUUUGGUAACAGUUGGUGCCAGCAAAAUACAGAGAGUUUGCAUUUGGAAGUGGACGUCACCUGAAGACAAACCUAUGUUUAGUAUAGAAUUGCCUCCUGCAUUUGGUUAUCAGAGCUACAUUGUUUUUAAUCCAAAAAAUCAUAAGGAACUAGUCAGUAACAGUAAAACUCAAGUGCUGUUUUAUAUGUGGGAUACUAGCGGUUUGCAUUAUAGCGCUCCUCCUUUAACAGACAGAACUUUCGACAAGACAGUGGGACUCUUUAGUCAGUCAGUUUUUCAUUUUAGCAAUUUGCAAGCACUCACAGCCACAUCUGGAGGAAAGCUGGUGGUGUGGGACAUAGUCUGCUCACCGUCCAGGCCUGCCAGUUUGUGUGUAAAGCCACAUAAUAUGAAGGCUAUUAAGUUGAUGUAUGUGCAGAAAGAUGCCCUCACUGUGCUUACUGCGUCCGACAGCUAUUUUGUAACUUGUGAUGUCAAAGGUCACGUUAAAUUCUAUGAUGGCCAGCUGCAGCUUGUGAACUGGUACAGUCACUUUAAACUGGGGCCCAUCCAAUCCAUUUCCUUCUCAAAAAGCCCUCCCAGACCUUCCAGCAACAACUCAAACUACUCCAGUUCAUGCACUAUAAAUAGUCAACCGUUUAUCAUCAGGAAUUUUAUUCUCUCAACGCGGGAUGCAACAGUGCUUCACUUUACAGCAAAGGGGUCAAAACUGGACAAAUUAAUGGAGGAGGCCAAAGAAGCUGUUAAUGCCAUUGCUUGCCACCCUAGCCAGCCUCUCAUUGCCAUAGGAAGUCAUUGUGGGCUGCUAAAGGUGUGGGACUAUAUGCAGACAAAGUACCUCUAUAGCCGAAUCUUUAUGGAGGCCAGUAUCCAGUGCCUCGCCUAUGACCCUAAAGGUACUUUUCUGGUGGCUGGUUUUAGUGAUGGAAGCGUUUACAUCCUUGAUUCUAUUUCAUUGGAAGAUGAUUGUAAAGAGUUCAAGUAUUCAAGAGGCCCAGUAACUCAUAUAAGCUUCUCUCAUGAUUCCCAGUAUUUUGCAACUGCUGAUGAAAAAUAUUCAGUGACUGUUUACAGAAGAAUUCUGAAAAAUGGAGAGAGAACCUGGGAACAUCUCGCAGGGGUUCACUCGCAUUAUAAAGCAAUUCGAAAUAUAAUAUUUGGCGUUGAUUUAGACAGUGAUCAACCAAGACUCUUAAGCCUUGGGGAGGACAGGUUGUUGGUGGAGUAUGAUCUAGGCAGCAGCAGUAAAGAUAACCUGGCAAUUCUGCGAAGAGACCGCAUUGAACAGAGUGCAGUCCCAUUGUGUUUGGCCUGGUACCCUCCCUUCACUCCAGAAGCUUUUAUUCUCACAGCCAAUAAUAAGUACAAAAUGAAGCUUUAUAAUGCUACAACUAAAAUGUGCAGAAAGUCACUUCUGGGACCAACCUAUGGGUCACCUCUUGAGAAGAUACAAAUCCUUCCAGCAGCAAACAGUCAGGAUCCACAAAAAAGAUAUCUGGCCUAUAUUACAAAAGAUAAGGUUGGCCUGCAGAUUUUGCCCAUUGAUGGUAACCCCCACAAGUCCUUGGCUUUCAUUUGCCAUCCAGGAGGAGUCUCCAACCUUGCUAGUUCCUAUGAUGGAUGUCAUGUCUUUACAGCAGGGGGUAAUGACCGCAUCGUGAUGAAAUGGGAACUUAAUAUAAAUGCUUUGGAGGCUACUGUUUCUCUGGGUGGUGAGGAUUUGAUCCCAUUCUACAACCUUUUGGAUGGUGGCAGAGAUGGUGAAUUCUUCAGGGAACUGGAGGAUUAUUUUUACUAUGCACAGCUGCGCAGUCAGGGUAUUGAUGCAAUGGAAACCAGACAGGUGUCAACACAUAUUCCCUUGGAAGAAGUUCCAUUUGUAAUGAGAGCAAUGGGGUUUUAUCCAUCAGAGGAAAAGAUUGAGGACAUGAUAAAUGAAGUCAAAUUUAGUGAGUAUGUGGACACUGGAAAACAGGUUACAAAUAUCAACUUAGGAGAUUUUAUCAAACUUUACAUAAAUCAUCGACCAGCAUUUGGCCUGUCAAUGAAAGAAAUACAAAAUGCCUUCCAAGUUCUUGGUUACAGUAGCAAGAAUGGAGAAAUUGUUAUCAACAGAGGAGACCUACUGGAACAACUUCAGUGCAGAGGAGAGCAUAUGACAGAGGAGGAGCUGGCAGAAUGUCUUACUACUCUGUUGGGCAGGAAUCCAGAGGGUGAGAUAUCUGAGCAGGGCACCUAUGAUCCCUCAGGUGCAGCAGCUUUGAUUGAAGAAGAAAUUCCAGAGGAAAUCACAGCAGAGAUAUUUACUGCUGAUAUUCUUGGCUUACCUAUUCCUGAACCAGACAACACCGAGACAGGAAAAAAUUAUGAACUCCCAAAUAGAAUAGGGUCAGCAGAGUCCUAAUUGUCACAACAUAUGUAGUUUUCUACCCAGACAUGCAUUUUCUGUAAUGGUUUUUUCUCCUCGAACACCUGAAAAACUAUAUUUUUAUAUAUUAUGAAAUAAAGUGAAUUAAAUAUU